CCAUAUUUACUUUUUUAACUGUCAGUACCUCUAUUGGCGAUAUCCACCAUGGGGCUUUCCUUUCCAAUAAAUAUUUGUUUCUUUCCCAUACUUCAUAAAUUGACCUUCUGAUCACAUGGUUUAAAAAACCUUUAAGCUAAGAAACCAGAGGCCUUUCUCCUGGGCAUAGUCGGCCAAAUGGUGUUAAAAAAGGAUAGAACUUUCUUUAUGUAUGCAACAACAGCAGCAAGAAUACUCAUCGCAAAAUAUUGGAAGACACAAGAACUUCCCACGCUGGAGGAAUGGCAGAUGAAACUUAUGGACUAUAUGGAACUGGCGGAAAUGACUGGUAGAAUCCGUGACCAGGGAGAAGAGUCGGUGGAGGAAGAUUGGAAGAAAUUCAAAGACUAUCUUCAGAAACAUUGCAAAAUUAAAGAAUGUUAGAGUGAUGUUGGACUGAAAAUAAGCGGUUUCCAGCUGUACAGGUUAAAGUUAAUGAUAGACUAAGAUUAAGAUUAGGAUUAAAGAUGUUUAAAGAAAUGGAAAUUUGACAAUUAAGAGGGAAAAUUUUAAUGUUAUAUUAUACUAAGAUUAAAGAUCAGGUUUAAAGAAGUUGAAGUUAUAUAUUACAAUAUUAUAUUAAAGUUAAAGAUUGGGAUUUAAAAAGUUGAAAAGAAAUUGCUGGACAAACAAUUUGGAUUGGAAUACAAAAGAGGGAGGUAUGAGGAAGUCCAGAAAAUAAGUAAAUUAAAAAAACGGAAAUGGAAAAGAGAUAUUGUUUUUAAUUGUUAUGUUUUUUGUUUUUUAUUGUUGAAUUGUGUUUUUGUAAUCAUUUUUUUUAUUUUUUUUUUAGAUAUGUAUUGUGUAUGUUCUUCUUUUUCUUUCUUCGUUGUUUAAAACUUCAAUAAAAAUUAUUUUCAAAAAAAAAAAAAACCCUUUAAGAACUUUUACCUUAUCAUACCACAGGUACGAGUGCCACCUGUACCUGUUGUCAUGACCUUCUAAAUCCAAUAGGUCCGUAUUUUCCAAUGUUAUCCAUUCCUUUAACAAUACGAGACAGGAUGCUUCAUAAUAGAGAUUCAUACCUGGUAAGGCAAAUCCACCUCUUUCUUUUUCAUCUAUCAACAUUUUCAUUUUGAUCCUCGGCUUCUUUCCCUGCCAGACAAAUCUUGACACUAUUUUUUGCCAUUCUCUACAUUGUCCUGUCCCUUUAAUCAAUGGAAUUGUUUGGAAUAAGAAUAACAUUCUAGGUAAAACGUUCAUCUUAAUCACCGAUAUUCUGCCCAAAAAGGAUAAUUUCAAACUGUUCCAAAUUUCUAAAUCCUUCUUAAUCUCUCUCCAUGUGGUUUCAUAAUUAUCUUUAUACAAUUUUUUCCCCUGUUGUCAACCAAAUUCCAAGGUAUUUCACUUUCUUAACCACCAUAAUUCCUGUCCUGUGUUGCAAUUCCUCUGUCUCUUCUUUAUUCAUAUUUUUUACCAGCAUUUUGGUCUUAUUUCUAUUGAGUUUUAAUCCCGCAACUUUUCCAAAUUCCUCCAUUCUCUCUAGGGCUUUUUGUACACUGUUCUUUGGGUCUUCUAAUGUUAAAACUAAAUCAUCAGCAAACGCUUUUACUUUAAACUCUUUCGAUCCCACCUUAAUACCUCUGAUUUCUGACACUUCUCUCAAAUUCUUGUUUAAUACCACCAAAAGGAGCGACAAAGGACACCCUGCCUGGUACCUUUAGAGAUUUCAAAGUUGUCAGACAAAUUAUUAUUUAUAAUAAGUUUGGCUUUUUGUUCUGAGUAUAUAGCCUCAAUACCUUUCAAAAACAUUUCUCCUAUUCCCAUUGUUUUUAGGUUUUCUUUCAUAAACCGCCACGAAACAUUAUCAAAUGCUUUCUCUGCAUCAAUGAACACCAAGGCCGCUUGUUUAUCAUUUCUAGACUCCCAAGUACUCAAUUAUAGCCACUAUGUUCCUAACAUUGUCCUUCAGUUGUCGCCCUGGUAGGAAACCAGCUUGAUCUUUAUGUAUUACUUCCUUUAAAAGUUUUUUUAAUCUGUCCAGCACAUCCGCAAAUAAUUUAUAGUCAUUGUUCAAUAAGGAAAUAGGUUUAUAAUUUUUAACACUCAAACCAUCUGUAUCUUUCUUUGGGAUUAAAGUGAUGUACGCCUCUUUCCAGGUAUUUGGAAUUUUCCCUUCCUUCAAAAUGUUAUUCAUAACCUCACACAGCACAGGUAAUAAUGGUCCACCAGUGUCUUAUAAUAUUUUGCCGAAAUGCCGUCAGGGCCUGGAGCUUUCCCUAUCUUCAUUCUCUUUAUCGCCUUCUCAAUUUCUUGUUCUGUAAUUAUCUGGUUUAAUUGUUCCUUUUCUCCUGGGGGGAUCUGCUGUAAUUGAUGACUUUUCUAUUUUCUAUUUUCUUACCAUCUUCUUUCUCUGUCUUAUACAAAUCUUUAUAAAAUUUCAGAAAGGUCUUUCUAAUUUCUUUGGGGUCUUCAAUGAUGUUUUCUGCCUCUCUUAUCUUACAAAUUGUGUUUUGUUUUUGUCUUGCCUUUAAUUGCCACGCCAAUAAUUUUCCAGUUUUGUUGGCGGAUUCAAAAUUCCUUUGUCUCAUUGUUUUUGUUUUCCACUCUACAUCCUGACUCACCAACAUAGAGAACUGAGUCUGCAACAAUUUAAUAUUUUGUCUUAUUAGCUCAUCUUUUGGUUUUAUUGUCAGCAGUCUCUCAUUCUCCAUGAGAUGGGCCAGGAUUUCUUCUUUCUUCUUCUCCCUUCCUCUUUUCUGAAAACUGUUCUUUUGGAUCAGGAAUCCUCUCAUUACAGCUUUGCGUGCAUCCCAUACUGUUUCAAUGGGUGUUCCUUUGUUUAAAUUCCACUUAUUCUGUAAUUGUCUCUUUUGCCUAAUUUACUAUCUUUUGGUCAUUGAAUAAACUUUCAUUCAUCCUCCAUCUGAAUGAUGAAGGGUCUUUUCCUUUUAACUCCAAAUAUAACGAAUUAUGUUCUGAUAAUGUCCUUGGGAGAAUCUCAAUUUUGGAAAUUCUUGGCACCAAUUCAUUAGAAGUCCAAAUGUAAUUUUUUCUACCAAAGCUUGGAUUUGGACCUGGAAAGAAUGUGAACUGUUUUGUUGCGAGAUUUCUAAGUCUCCAAAUAUCUGUUAGCCCCAUAGUGUCUGAUAUAUCAAAAUAUGUUUUUGGUAGUUUACCUUCAUUUGUGUCUCACCUUUUCGUUGAUCUAUCCAAAUCUGGAAUAACCACACUGUUGAAAUCCCCCAUUACUAUCACUCUGUGAUCCAAAAAUUCUGAUAAUGUUUCAUUGAGCUUCGAAUAAAAGUCGGCUUUUUUGUCAUUAGGUGCGUAGAUUCCCACAAUGAUUAUCUUUCCCCCCUGGAACGUAAUUUGCACUAUCAGCACUUUCCCCUCCUCAUCUUUAUAAAUUAAUUUUGGGUCAUAUUUCUCCAUUAUGUACAAUACAACCCCUUUUUUUUUUGUUUGUGUCUGAGGCAAUAAAGUCUUUCCCCAAUCUUUUAGUUCUUAAAAUCCUCUUAUGUUUCCUUGCGACAUGUGUUUCCUGUAAACAGGUUAUAUCUAAAUUCCGUUUAAUCAAGACAGGUUUGAUUUUGUGCCUUUUAUUUUUAUUUUUAAGUCCAUUCACAUUCUAUGAAAGUAUUUUCAGAGCCUUUUUCUGGUUUGUUUAAGUCUACUAUCAAACUUGGGGGUCCUUGUUAUUAUUAUCCUCUUCUUCCUCUUCUCCCUCUUCUUAUUUCUCCUCUUCUUCCUCUUCCUCUUCUUCCCCUCUCCUUUUCUCCUCUUCAGACUGGUCUUGUCCUGGUCUUACCUUCUCCACUUUUCCCAACUCUUUAUCAUAUCUUCUGGAGAAUUUUUCCAGAUCCUGAAGGCUACUUAGUUUGAACCUCUUGUCUUUGUAAUAGAAGGAAAUUCCUUCUGGAAAUUCCCAUCUAUGCUGGAUUCCAUUUUGUUUUAACUGGCCAACUGGUUGGUGGCAGUGGAUUAGUGGUGUACGGGUCAAUAGUCCGUGAGAUGACUGGGGGCUCCGUACAAACACCACAGUUGGCGCCAUAGAUUUCUGAUUGGGUUAAUGUUUGGGCUAUUCCCAAGCCAUUCCAGCAGUGCAAUAGGAUUAUCUUUAAAGCACCUUUUGCACACAGCAUGGAACAUUCAUGGAACUGAAUCCUGUUGAAAUAAGAAAGAAAGAAAGAAAGAAAGAAAGAAAGAAAGAUUUGUAUAAAUAUAUAUAGAAAUGCUUCAGUAUUUGGGAAAAGAUCACUUGUGGAACGCUUCAGUUUGGGCUCAACAUUCCCAUUAAUGACGCAAAUUCUGCCCACACCUUUUGCUGCCAUAUAACCCCAGAUCAUCACACUGUCUGGGUGUUUCACAGUCGGUGUAAUGCAAGUAGGAUGUAAAUCUUCUCUGAUUCUUCUCCUCUUCUCCAGUUAAAGAAACUUGCGUAUUUCAUGCCAUCACUACAAAGCAAGGUAGUGUCCCAUUGUUCCGCUGUCCAGUUAACAUGGGUUUAAUCUUUUCAACCUAUGCUUGAGAGAUAACAAUGGCUUUUUCCUUAGAAUUCUAACAUUUAGACCAGUCCUUGCACUCAACUUCCCAUUAAAUUGCGCCAUGUCAUCUUGUAUACACCCAGAUGAUUUUCUUCUGUCAUGUAGGGACAGUCUCUCCAUUCUUCGAUCGUCACUUGCCUUUGUGCACCUUUUCCUGCCUUUACCAGUCAGAUUUUGUAGUGACUGAGUCUCCUUAUACCCCUUCAAAAAUAUAGAAAGGCCAGCUUUGGUUUUGUUUUCCCCAAUCUUUCAUCUAAUUUCUUCAUAACUGUAGCCUUGUUCACUUAAUAUUAGAAUCUUACAUUGCUUUCUGGGUGACCAGUCAACUCUUUGUGCCAUUUCUAUAAUUUUAUUAUGUUUUACAACCUCACUAAAUGAAAGAAGACAAAAAACCAACCAACUUGAUAGCAAUCACAUAACACACUGAAAAAAGUCAACCUAAGCAAGUUGUGCUUCCUUUCUUGGUUAUUGGCUAUAACGUUUGAUAAAAUACAGGUAAUUGAACAAACUUUGUUGGAUUACAUUCUUGAUUAAAUUAUCUUUCCAUUGAUAUAUAAUUUUAUGAUAUUACUCCAAAAGAAGUGGUGUUUUGAGCCAUCAAACCUCUGAAAUACACUUUUUUCUGGAAGUCGUCCACAAUUUUGACCACGACUGUAUAACAAAGCAACAUUCAACAACUCAUCAGAAUCUCAUAAUAAACAAACAACACAGGUAAUGAACACACACCCAACUCCCUUCAGAUCUUCUCCAUUUGUUCCUGAGGCUCUAAUCCCUUUUUGUCCCCAAUGCAGAUUGUGAGGAAUUGGAAAUCGAGAACAAAGGUGACCACGACAAAAUCCCCAGAGAGGAGAAGCCAUGUAAAAAUUUGGAGUGUGGGGAAACUUUCAGUCAGAGCUCCUGUUCGACUUCCCAUCAACAAAAUCUCCUUGGAAAGAAACUAUAUCAAUGCAUGGAAUGUGGAAAGAGCUUCAGUCAGAGCUCCUCUCUCACUUCCCAUCAAAGAAUUCAUACAGGAAAGAAACCGUAUCAGUGUGUAGAAUGUGGAAAGAGCUUCAGGAGGAGCUGCGAUCUCACUUCCCAUCAAAGAAUUCAUACAGGGGAGAAACUUUUUCAGUGCUUUGAAUGUGGAAAGAGCUUUAGUCGCAGCCACAGUCUCACUUCCCAUCAAAGAAUUCAUACAGGGGAGAAACCCUAUCAGUGCAUGGAAUGUGGAAAGAGCUUCACUGAUAGCUCCUCUUUCACUUCCCAUCAAAGAAUUCAUACAGGGGAGAAACCCUAUCAGUGUGUGGAAUGUGGAAAGAGCUUCACACAUAGCUCCUCUCUCACUUCCCAUCAAAGAAUUCAUACAGGGGAGAAACCCUAUCAGUGUGUGGAAUGUGGAAAGAGCUUCAGGAAGAGCUCCUCUCUCACGUCCCAUCAAAUAAUUCAUACAGGGGAGAAACCCUAUCAGUGUGUGGAAUGUGGAAAGAGUUUCACUCAGAGCUCCUCUCUCACUUUCCAUCAAAGAAUUCAUACAGGGGAGAAACCAUAUCAGUGUGUGGAAUGUGGAAAGAGCUUCACUGAUAGCUCUAAACUCACUUCCCAUCAAACAAUUCAUACAGGGGAGAAACCCUAUCAGUGUGUGGAAUGUGGAAAGAGCUUCACUCAUAGCUCCUCUCUCACUUCCCAUCAAAGAAUUCAUACAGGGGAGAAACCCUAUCAGUGUGUGGAAUGUGGAAAGAGCUUCACUCAUAGCUCCUCUCUCACUUCCCAUCAAAGAAUUCAUACAGGGGAGAAACCCUAUCAGUGUGUGGAAUGUGGAAAGAGCUUCACUCACAGCCACAGUCUCACUUCCCAUCAAAGAAUUCAUACAUGGGAGAAACCCUAUCAGUGUGUGGAAUGUGGAAAGAGCUUCACUGAUAGCUCCUCUCUCACUUCCCAUCAAAGAAUUCAUACGGGGGAGAAACCCUAUCAGUGUGUGGAAUGUGGAAAGAGCUUCAGGAAGAGCUCCAAUCUCACUAAGCAUCAGAGAAUUCAUACAGGGGAGAAACCCUAUCAGUGUGUGGAAUGUGGAAAGAGCUUCAAUCAGAGGUCCUCUCUCACUUCCCAUCAAAGAAUUCAUACAGGGGAGAAACCAUAUCAGUGCAUGGAAUGUGGAAAGAACUUCAGGAAGAGCUCCUCUCUCACUUCCCAUCAAAGAAUUCAUACAGGGGAGAAACCAUAUCAAUGUGUGGAAUGUGGAAAGAGCUUCACUGAUAGCUCCUCUCUCACGUCCCAUCAGAGAAUUCAUACAGGGGAGAAACCAUAUCAAUGUGUGGAAUGUGGAAAGAACUUCAGUCAGAGGUCCUCUUUCACUUUCCAUCAAAGAAUUCAUACAAGGGAGAAACCCUAUUAGUGUGUGGGAUGUGGAAAGAGCUUCAGUGAAAGCUCCUCUCUGUUUUCCCAUCAGAGAAUUCAUACAGGAGAGAGAGAGAAAGGGGACGUGGCCUACAUACAUAGAUUUGCUGAAGGGAAAUGGUAAUUAAAAGAAUAUGAGGAAAUAAAAGAUCAUUUGCAGAGUUGGUUACACUACAGACAAUUACAUGAGUUGUACAAGGAAGAUAAUAAGAAAGGGUUUAGUUAUACAUUUUCUAGAUUUCAACAGGAAAUUAUAGAAGAAGUGCAGGUGCUGAAGAAAGUGUAUAGUAUUUUGCUAGAAUGGGGAACAAAAGAUGAGGAGGUCGAAUCGGUCAUGAUCAAAUGAGCACAAGAUAUAGGACAUAACAUACAAUUUGAGGACUGGGAAAAAUUGUGGAAAGGAAAUUUGAAAUUUACAGACUGUUAUCUUUUGAAAGAAAACUACAGUGGUACCUCAGUUUACAUACGCUUCAGGUUGCAUACACUUCAGGGUACAGACUCCACUAACCCAGAAACAGUACCUCGGGUUAAGAACUUUGCUUCAGGAUGAGAACAGAAAUCGCACAGUGGCGGCAGGCCCCAUUAGCUAAAGUGGUGCUUCAGGUUAAGAACAGUUUCAGGUUAAGAACGGACCUCCGGAAUGAAUUAAGUACUUAACCCGAGGUACCACUGUAGUUGGAAAAUGUAUAGAUGGUAUAUUACACCAGUACAGAAAGCAAAAAUAUAUAAAACCGAGUCAAACAUAUGUUGGAAAUGUAAAGAAAAAGAAGAGACUUUUUAUCAUAUGUGGUGGAAAUGUAGAGAAGUUUAAAAAUUGUGGGAAAUGAUAUAU